GCGCAGGCCCGCGCCACUUUCAUCCUCUCCCAGUAUCCACGGCCACGGGCUCGCACGCAGUCGCCGCCGCCCUGCCCGUCUCCUUCCUGUCGUCUCCCCUUCUCCAAUCGCUUCCCGAUCCCAGCCAAUAUCUCAGACGGAAUCGAUCCAAAGCUAUCCUAGGGUUCCGCCGUCCCGUCCAGAUCCGGGCUCGUCGAUGGGGAAGGAGGGCGUGGCGGCGGGGCCGGCGGCGGAGGGGAGUAAAUCGCGGUCGGAGUGUAUCAACUCGUCCAACCCGUACCACGAGUGCUCCGACUACUGCCUCCGCAAGAUCGCCGAGGCCAGGCAGCGCCUCGACGACGAGCUCCCUGACUCGUGGAAGCGCCCGCCCGAGCAGCGCACCGUCCACCCGGACUGCAUCAAUGCCUCCAACCCUUACCACGAGUGCUCCGACUACUGCUUCAAGCGCAUCGCCGACGCUAAAUCCCCUGCCUGCGGUGCGGGGCUGGAGCGUGAGGAGCGACAGCCACCAGCUGAUGUGUUUGCCGCCGCCGGCAUGUCUGAUGCCGUGGAGCAGCAUCGGCCUAUAGAUAACGAUUCCGACGAACAGGAGGGCGCAGGUCCGGAUGACGGCUACCCGCAGAUGACGGAGAAGCAGAAGAAGUUGUUCGAGCUGCGGCUUAAGAUGAAUGAAGCACGGAAAGCGAACCAGCAGGCGAUGGUUGCCGAGAAGAAAAGGAUGGAGCCUCGUGGCGAGAGCCGAGGUGUUUCUAAGCAGAAGUGGUUAGACGACAGGAAGAAGAAGAUUGGGAAGCUGCUGGACUCGAAUGGGCUUGAUAUGAAAAUGGCGUACAUGCUCGACACGCAGGAGACUGCAGAAGCCAAGUACAAGAAGUGGGAGAAGGAACCUGCUCCAUAUGGGUGGGAUGUUUUCAAUCAAAAGACCUUGUAUGACGCAUACAAGAAGAGGACCAAGAACAUAGAAGUUGACAUGGAGUCUUACAAUAAAGCCAAAGAAGCUGAUCCUGAAUUCUACCGCGACGCCUCAAGUCUCCAGUAUGGGAAGGUGUCCAAUGUCCCAGAAGAAAACAUCGACAAGAUGGUAAAGGAACUCAGGGAGCGGGAAGAGAAGCGGAAAUCGUUCAGCAGGAGGCGCAAGUUCAACGAAGACAAGGACAUUGACUCCAUCAAUGACCGGAACGAGCACUUCAACAAGAAGGUUGAGCGUGCCUUCGGCAAGUACACGCUCGAGAUCAAGAACAACCUCGAAAGAGGUACUGCGCUGCCGGACUAAUAAAACCUUACACGGCAGCUAUCUUCGACCGUUUUUCAAGCUAACCAGUCGACUAGAGGCGUGUGUCCCUGCUGCUGUUUUCCUUUUCGCACGGUUACUUGUAUGCUUGUAACUUAACUUGAGGCCACAGUUCCAUUGUGACUUGUAACAAAACCUGGACUGGGUUGUGUAAUGACGCGAGGCUGAAGCAAACAUUUGUGUAUGCAUGUGAGUUGUCAA